CUUCACUCUGUCUCGUUUCGCCACUGAUCGAUGGACUCGUUAUUCUCACUGUCUCUCUGCAACUCCACGCAGCCGGUGCUGCAACAUAAGAUUACGACGUAUCGGAGAGAGCUUGAAGCAGAUGUAGAUGUGGUGCAGAGAGCUUUUCGUAUAUUAGCUGACGUGUUGAAUCCAAUUGAUUGUCACGAGGAUUUCUUAGAGGAAAUGAUGUCCUAUAUGUGGUAGGUUUGGCUCUUGUGGUUGAAGGAGAGAUUGUAUUAGGUGUCAUGGGAUGUCCUAACUGCGUCGGUGAUUUGUCAGGAAACUAAAACACUGAAGAUCUUGAACGUGGAGGAGUCUGGUCCAGAUUAGGAGCCAGAAUGUUUGCUCAUGCUGGGUUCGGAACAUGGACAAGGAGAUCAUCAGAUAUGCAAAGCCCAAGCAAACUUUUCCACAAUUGGACUAGAUGCUUUGUUGACGAGUACCGUCGCCUUGUGCAUGAAGUAGGCAACAACUAAUGUCGAUCAAGUUGGGGAUGGUCAAAUUCCUUUUCUCUGAACAUGCUGUGGAAGAUUAUUGCUACCCACAUAAUAUAUGCGUCCUUUGCCUUUCCUAACAAGAUUCUUCUACUAUACCGAGAAACUUAUAUUGCUGCUUGUUCAACUUUCUGUAGAUGCAGAGUCAAACCGUGAAAAUUGUAGAUUGACAUUUGGAGAUCAACCGCGGAAAGGUCCUGGGGGAAGAUAAUUACGAGUUGAAUGGGAAAAGGAUGAGCAUGGUUACAGAUUUCAAAGAAAUAGAUGUGAAUUGAAAAGCUUCAGCGGAAAUACGAGCCUCCUUUCGUGUCGAUACUGGACCGACAAACGGCUGCCAAGAAGACACGCAAAAAUGUUGACUAGUUGGACCAGCCAAUGAGAGGAAGCCAUGCACGUAGGAAGGAGAAAAAAAAGGCCUGGGAGGGUGGCGCCAUGGGAUCUAUGAAGAAAAUGGGCCACGUGGCUUCACCACGUCAUUGACAACAGAAGACGUUAAUCCAUAAUAUGUAUUUCUUCUUCAAAAGGACCAUCAAAAUCUGCAAAAAGCACGAUGGGAAGAACUCCAUGCUGCGAAAAAGAUGGUCUCAAGAAAGGCCCAUGGACUCCGGAAGAAGAUCAGAAACUCAUUGAUUAUAUUCAGAAACAUGGCUAUGGAAAUUGGAGAACCCUCCCCAAAAAUGCUGGUUUACAACGAUGUGGAAAGAGCUGUCGUCUUCGAUGGACAAAUUAUCUAAGGCCAGAUAUCAAGCGAGGAAGAUUUUCAUUUGAGGAAGAAGAGACUAUUAUUCAGCUGCAUUCCAUUUUGGGCAACAAGUGGUCUGCAAUUGCUGCUCGAUUACCGGGAAGAACGGACAAUGAAGUAAAGAACUAUUGGAAUACCCACAUCAGAAAAAGACUCCUCCGAAUGGGAAUCGACCCAGCAACCCACAGUCCAAGGCUUGAUCUUCUCGAUUUAUCUUCAAUUUUGGGUUCAUCCUUUUACAAUCCCAAUUCCCAAAUGAACAGCUUCUCAAGGUUGAUUGGGAUUCACAACUCAAUUAACCCUGAACUUCUUAGAUUGGCCAGCUCUUUCAUGUCGUCUAAUAAUGUCUCUCAAUGUCAAAGUCCAAAUUUUCUGCUGCAAAACGUUGAAAAUCAUGAACAAUCCCACAUGGUCUCUCAGUUACAGUUACUUCCCCAUCCCCACCACCAAAUUGACCAGUCUGCUGCAACUCUUCCGCCGCUGCAUGAAGUUUCCACCUGCUGCAGUCCGUCCACCGCCACUUCUUGCGGCGGUGAAACCCAAUAUUUGGAGCCCGAUUAUUAUUCCUCCGGCCACCAAUUAUUACUACCAUCGAAUUUCUCUGACUCUUACUCGCAAUAUUGCCCACACCCAAAUGAAGAUUCCUCAAAUAAUAAUGUGAACGGCUUUAAUUAUCCGUCUUCAGAGUAUGUUCACUUUCCAAGUUUCGAUGUUUAUGGCUCAAUUGAAGAGCCCCUUCAACAAAUUAUGGACCCUUCGCCGGAAACUUCCACUCUGAAUUCGAGUCCGACGCCGUUGAAUUCAAAUUCUACGUAUUUCAGUUCUGGCAAUGGCAAUGGGACUGAUCAGGAUGAGAGAGAAAGUUAUUGCAGCUAUAAUUUGAAGUUUGAAAUCCCCGAUUUGUUGGAUGUAAAUCCCUUCGUGUAACGAAACGCAGCAAAUAGCUUAUGAUAUAGAGCAGUUUCCAGAAUGAUUCCUUGUAAAAUUUUCCAAAUAAUUUUAAUUAUAAGGCUAAAUGUCAAUUUAGUCCCAA